AUGGUCUUUGAAUCGGCUACCACUCCACCUCAGACUCCAAAUGGCGUUCAAACACCUGUCAAUGAAUCCCUAACAUCAUUUCAGACUACGGGAUCAGCAUCAGGAUCCGGCUUACGACAUAGCCAUCGUAAAAGACAGCUUCACUGUUACAGUAAAUUUCCAGGGCAUGCGUCAAUAGCGCAUCCGAAAUCCUCAGCAUCAACGCGAUCAGCAGUUUCUAAGUAUUUUCCCGAAUCAGUCCCUGCUGAUGCAGCACCGUCACAAUCGUUACGCGGUAAAAAACUUAUUCAGAUAAUGCCUGAGGAGGCUGGUGGAACAGCUCAACAGGUAGAAGAUGAACCAUUUUAUCAUGGCUUCAUGUCACAUGAUGAAUGCAAACCAUUACUUACAAAUCCGGGUGAUUUUCUCGUACGACGCGCAGAAAUUGACGGUGAAAUGCAAUACGUGAUCACUGUUCUUCCGGAAAAUUCAAAUGAACUUACAAACUUUAUCAUAAAAAAAACCCGUCCUAAACAUCUAUAUUACGUAUACAUAUACGCAUUCAAGACAAUCUCCGAUCUGAUUGCUUAUCACAGUCGUAUGAAGAAGCCGCUUAAUGAUGAAAAUGUAUACAUCGUAAAAGGAAUUGGAAGGAGUGAUUGGCAACUUGCUCAUGAACAGAUUGAACGAAACAAAAAAUUGGGUGAGGGAGCGUUUGGUGAAGUUUGGGAAGGAGUGCUUAAUCUCGGAGUAUUUCGGGGCUAUAUACCGGUGGCAAUCAAAACACUUCAUUCAGGAAAUCUUAGCACAGAUGAGAGAAUUAAAUUUCUUCGUGAAGCAAACUUAAUGCUUAAACUAAACCAUCCUAAUAUCAUCAAAUUUUACGGUGUAGCAACUUUGAAGGAUCCAAUAAUGAUCGUUAUGGAAUUUGCUAGUGGUGGAUCACUCCUUGCCCGCGUACAGAAUACCAAACGACCGCCUAAUGAUAUGGACAAGAUACGGUAUUGUGCUGGGGCGGUUUCUGGCCUGGCAUAUCUUGAAGCAGCACAAAUUAUCCAUCGGGAUAUUGCCGCACGAAAUUGCCUACUGAGUGCAGAUGACGAAGUUAAAUUAAGCGAUUUUGGAUUGUCAUUGCUUGGAAUCAAAUAUCGUGAAAGAAGCAUGAAGAAUGUACCAAUCCGGUGGUUGUCUCCGGAAACACUGAAACGCGGACAUUUUUCGUCAAAAACCGAUGUCUGGAGUUUCGGUGUAACCGUUUGGGAAAUAUAUUCCGGUGGUCAGGAACCAUACGCAGAAAUUCAGAAUAACAAGGAAUUGCGACGAGGAAUUAUUGAGCAACGGGUGAAAAUCAACAGUCCACCCGGUAUGCCGCUGAUGAUGCAGCAAAUAAUGCUUAGCUGUUUGGCAUACGAUCCCAAAAAUCGUCCGACAUUUCAGGAACUGAACGCGAAAUUAUCAGCCAUCCGGCCCAAUAUUACCUAUCUUACGCUGUCAUCCAAAAUUAAAGGAUUAUUUCACUUUUAA